AUGGGUGUCGAACUCCAGGGCAGCGGGUUAGGUGAACCGCCCAUGAAUCCGGAGGUGGCCGUGCCUCUUUUCAUUGCUGCAGGCUUCGUGAUUACUUUGUUCCUCUGGCGAACUGUUAUUCGCAUCCGACAUCGUCAACGAUCACAACAGGCCAACCAGAUGGAUGACCAAAAUCAACUUUCCCGAACAAGCUCUGUCAAUGCAAGCCUCAAGAAGCAUCUUCUUUACGCACCAAUCUGGGGCACUCGUCACAAUCGCGAGUUCCGAUUGUUCAAUCGGCUACAUAUGGGAUCUCUGCCUUUGCGGUUGGAGCUGAUACUCUUGCUUGUCUAUCUCGCGCUCAAUUUUACAUUUAUCAUUGUGACUGUUGACUGGUGGGAGGAAUUCCCCAAGAAAUUGUUUCAGCUCAAGUAUGCCGCUGGUCAUCUGGCUGUGAUGAACACUCCUGGACUGGUACUCAGCGCGGGCAGGAACAACCCCUUGGUGCCACUUCUGGGGAUCUCCUUCGAUACCUUUAACUUCAUGCAUCGCUGGGUGGGCAGAGUUAUUGCUAUCAAUGCGGUGAUUCAUAUGAGCAGCGUUUUGGCCAACCAAGCCUAUAUGCAUGGCACGAAAUACAUUAUCUACACAAUUUGGCAGACGCCGUUCUAUAUAUACGGGCUCGUGGCCCUUCUUGGGUUUGUUUUUAUUUUCUUUCAAUCAUUGUCGCCGGCUCGACACUCGUUCUACGAGCUUUUUCUUCAUUUGCAUAUCGCUCUGGCUAUCGUGGCCCUUGUUGCGUUGUGGUAUCAUCUGAAAAAUCUAUUGCAACAGCGUGUCUUGAUGUGCACAUUGAUUCUCUGGGGCCUUGAUCGUGCUGGGCGUCUAGGAAUUCUGAUAUGGCGAAACUGUGGCAAGCAGCGGACGACAGCUACGGUUGAAGCCCUACCAGGAGGAGUUGCUCGCGUCGACGUUGCCGUAUCACGAGCAUGGAACUUCCACCCCGGUCAGCACAUGUACUUGUACAUGCCCUUUCUGGGCCUAUGGACCUCGCAUCCUUUCACCGUCGCGUGGACAUCUACUGGGGCCGACACGAUAAACAUGAAUGAAAAGCGGGACUCGAGUGAUUCCUUUGUGGCUCUUAUUGGAGGCUCUCAGACGACUACCAUGUCUGUUCUGAUCAAAGGACAACACGGUUUCACGAAGAAGCUCCUCCGCAAACUUGAAGAAUCACCUGAUGGAAAAAUUAAGGCUAUGGCACUGGCAGAAGGCCCGUUUGGAGGCAUUCAUUCACUCGCGUCUUACGGCACAUUGCUUCUGGUCGCCGGAGGCAUCGGUAUAACUCACUCGAUGUCAUAUUUGCAUGAAGUCAUCAUCAAUUCCACCUCGAACCGCAUGGUCACCCGGAAAGUCCACUUGGUCUGGAUGAUUCGCAGUUUAGAUCAUCUUUCCUGGAUCCAAACGUGGAUGACCGACAUCUUUGAACACCCCUCCUUACACAGGCGAAUCGACUCCAACGGACGUACAUACUUUCAGUUCCCAAUAUUGACGCUCACGAUCGAGAUCCAUGUUACCGCACACAAGGAGAGUUUCGAGGAAUAUAUCCCUCAUCUGGAGACACCAUGGACACAAUGUGCGCCGUCUAGCGUUCCAGUCAGCAUUCAUCACGGCAAACCUUGUUUCCAGUCUCUGCUGGAAAACAAAAAGGCGAGGCAAGUCGGUGCGAUGGCUGUUAGUGUUUGCGGCCCUGGUGGCCUUGGGGAUAGUGUGCGCGCAGCUGUUCGGAACGUCCAAGGAGAGAGAACUGUUGAUUUAUUUGAGGAAGCAUUUUCAUGGUAG